ACCACUUUUCUUAAUCUUCGUGCUGAGUCAACCGAGGACUCUUCUUUCGGACUGAGGGAUUAUUGUUUAAGAAUGUCAAAUCAUGUUUGCUAGUUAUCAAUCGAUCAAUUCCAAAUCUGCAUGGUCACUAGAAUGCGAAAAAGAUGUUUCUAUUAUCAGAUAGAUAUGAGAUAUUAUAGUAGCCAACUAAUAGAUUAUUUAUUGAGAAACUUCUAUACUUUACAAUUCUGACUAUUAGUUGCACACAAUGCAGUGGAAUCUCAUGACACUUCUUGGUCCAAUGGCUGCGGUGGAAAAUAUUAUAUACCUUGGAUAUGCAGGUGAUCCUUCAUCUGCUAUCCGUGUCACUCGAAGAAGGCGCUUAGAUCGGAAGAAGCAGCACUCAGAUGGAAAUGUGUACCAGUGUUUUGUUUUUGGGCCGAAAAAAGCAGGAAAAUCUGCAAUUUUGAAUUCCUUUGUUGGAGGGUUUGUGUGUGUGUUCUCUUUCGGAAACAUUUAAGAUCAAAUAUUUUUGAAAUAUAGAUAACUUGGACUAGGAAACGUAGUUUGGAUGUUACUUUCCCAAUAAAACUUGUUCAUCCAUUUAACUCCAGGCCUUUCUCCGAGGAAUAUGAAUCAAAUGCUGAUGAGAGAUACACAGUUAAUGCAGUCCGUCUGCCUGGGGGUGGUAGGAAAACUCUAGUCUUGCAUGAGGUUCCCAAUGAUGCUGUGCAAAAGCUUCUCUCUAGAAAAGAUGCUUUAGCUGCAUGUGACGUUGCAAUAUUUGUCCAUGACAGGUGUCCUUUCUCAUGAGUUUGCUCUCCUCACAUUCUUAUUGAUUGUUCAGCGCACACACACACAGCAUUGUAUAUGCGUGUAUAUAUCAUUUCAAAAAGUUAGUCUCUUUAUUUCCUUUAAGGGGACGAGCCACAUUGGAACAGUAAAUUAGUCAAUUAAAAAUAGUACUCCCGCCAGCUUCUUCUGUACGCCAAUAGAUCAUGUCCUCCGUA